CGCCGUUUGCAUUAAUCAAGGCACCUGUGAGCCUCUCAUACACCUUAUGGACUCUCGAGGCUUCCUCAUCUCUUGAAGCAGCUAGGAAAGCAAUAUUACCUAAACUCUAAUUCCUGGGGCAAAAAGAUCCAUCUAUUCCAGAGCUCAAUGUUUCCAAUCCACGCCUUGUGGCAACAAUCCGAAAUCGAUCGCAACUUCGACUUCGCUUGAGAACAGCCAAAAGCUGUUAUCGUUCCUCCAAGAAACGAGAGAAUGAUACCGAAAUCAUCGCCAUUUUGGAUUCCUCUGUUAGUAGGUCCCAAUGGAUGACAACGCGGAGGAUGGUGUCCAAGCGACCGGCAGAGCCAAGGCUCACCGGGUGCCGACGGAUGGCUUCCUUGGACGCUUAACGUAUACACCAGCGCAAGGGAACGAAGGCAUCGGGCAGAUGCGAAGGAACCGGGCGAAGGAUGAGACGCCUGGCUUUCAACAAAUUACACCCUUUACGCAGUGGUGUGCGGCCACCAAGACUACCGCUCCCCAGCCUAGUGAUCCGCGGCCGUCCCAGGUGGUGAGAUAUCAAAAGAACUGGCUAUCGGAGUUUCUCCCAGAGGCUUCCAUAAAUGACGCGGAUAUCGAGUCUCUAGUUCUGGAUGAAAUCGCCGCGUCCCAGGCUAGGAGCCAACAUGCAUCAUCAGCGACGGCAGCGCUGUUCUCCGUCGGGCAAAUGGCCGACCUGAGAAAGAGCGAGUCCGGCAAGGGUCAUCCCGUCUUGGCCGUGGCUUCGGGCGUCUCGGGCAAUAUUCUGCGGUUGAUAAGCCUUGCCCGGGAGGAAGGGACCUGGACCGACGCGGACAUCAGGGUUCGUCUGCAUGGUCUGGAUUCUCAACUCGCGGGGGAGUGGUGCCAGGACGGGGUUCCCAUUUCGUUAAUCAGGUUCGCUGUUGAUUCCAGAAGAGACGACAAUCUGCGAUGGCUCCUCGUUCAGAACGGCGUUUCAACUACCAUUUACGAGCCUGAGCUGCGGAUGAUGCCCAUCUCUGCCGGCGGCGCUUUGUCCCGGCAUUCCGGCCGGGCUGCCGUCAGCCAGAUCUUUGCCAACCCUCUCUUCACCAUACCCUCCGAACGUACCGGCGGAAGCUUGCAAACUGAUAUUUGUUUCAUCCGACCUCUCGAUGCUGACAGGCCUCAACUAGCCAUCAUUGACCAGGCCGGCCAUUGGAGUUUGUGGGAAGUUUCAGGCCGUUUAAAAACACGACCGAAAAAGCUGGCGCCGGUCAUGAAGAUGUUCGGAAGCAUUUUGUCGGGAUGCAUUCCGGAGCUGCCUUCUCGCUCUACGGCGGAGCUGCAGCCGCACAAGGUACUGUGGCUAUUCUUAGGUGAGAAGUCGAAAACGUCAAAACGUUCCCACAGAUCCGCCGAGCUCGAAGCAAGUCACCCGCGAGGAUCGCUACUAUUGUGCAAUUCCAAGAACCUGCACUUGUUUGAUGUUGCAGCCCAACAGGUGCACUCCCUGACGCACCUGGUGCUUGCCAAUGACACCGAGCGCAUCUUGGGCGUAGCGCCUUCUCGACUGAAUCCUGCCCAGGCAUUCGUCCUUACUAGUACUAACCUGCUGUGGGUCAUUGCGAAGGAGAGCAAAAGCAAGAGCAAGAGCAAGAACCAGAGCAAGAGCAAGAGCAAGGAGCGCGAAAGCAAGUCGCUCUCCCUCGAUAUCCUCGGCUCGUAUCCGCACCAGAAAGAUGCAAACGACCCAACCAUCCGGCUGGAUGUGUCGCCUGGAGCGUACAUCAACGAUCUCAUGGCGUGCUUCGUCUGUGUCUGGUCCGCCCGUGAGACCGAGAUGACUGUGUUCUGGUUCAUCGACCCGGGACCAGGCACGCCGGUCCGAUACCACCGCGAUACCAUUUCGCUCAAGAGCCCUUCCAAUUUUGUCGGCCUGAGCAUCCUCCCGGCCAGCCGCCUAACGGGCGGUGAGCCAACCUCGGCAGCGGGCCGAGCAAUGAGAUCAGCACAGCUGAGAUUCUUUCAGUUACUGACGCUCGGACAGGACCUGGCAGUCCACAGUGUCCUGUGUGCCUGGUCCGAUAAUCCCAGUGUCUCGAUCCGGCCUCCUGAUGUUGUGGAGACUCUUGGGGAGGACGGUAGCCGGCGGCUUAAAUUACUACAGCGUCUAACCGACGCGUUCACCGUGCCUGAUGAGUUCGAUGAACGAGUGGUCUUUGGGAGAGAAGCGCACAAUUCGCUAGCUCUGCAGAGUAUUAGCGGAGGGAUCCAGCGGCGUAUCGACUUUGACCUCGUUGCGCAGCGCUUGUCUGGCGCAACGGGGCAGCCACUGGGAGAUCAGGACGGGCGGAUAUCUCCGAUGGCUGACAUUGAUUUCACCUUCAUUGAACAGGCAAUGGAGAGGGGGGAGCAAGACGAGUACAUGCCGAGGCAUUCAUUGUUGGAGUUGGCAACGCCCCAUCAGCCGGGGGUCGACCUUUUGCGGCUCUCGCGAGAAUGGGAUGCCCGGCAGGAAGCCCUGCACAGACAUGCCGACGAAUGGCUGUUCGUGCCUGAAGCGCGUCGGCCGCUGAUAGAUUUCGGCCCUGACGACCUUGUCGAGCGCCUCAGAGAGCUAUUUUCCGAGCCGGGGCCAACCAAACAAGUGGCCGUCCGCCAGAGGCGCGAAGAGGUGCUGCAGCACAUGGCGGCCGAGAUGUUCCUCAGUAGCAUCGGCGUCUCUGCCGUGCCCAAGUCUUGGACGGCUGCAGAAAGCCAGCUUUCAAGCUCACUGCCAUUCCCUAGUUCACCGACUCUUACGUCAUCCCAGCCGUCGCUACCAAGUUCUAGCAAAGGAAAGGGGAAGUUGACGGAAGAAGAACCGGAGGAGGAAAAGGGGGAUGCGGUCGUUCUCCGGCUGCGCAAGUACGCUAACCUCAAGACGUCCCCAACCAUUCACGGCGAGCCCGCCCUGGCCCUCUCCCGUUGGGACCUGGGCGCCGACCCCGAUGACAUCACGUGGAAGCCCGGCGAGGACCUCGAAGCCGAGGACGCGAUCAACAGGCGACGGCGGAAAAUAGAAGCACGGCGAAGGAAGGCCGAGCGGUUGUCGCAAAGGAUAUUCGGCGAGGAUUCCCUGUUGAUGGAUCAGUCGUCCCAGUCUUUGGGGGGUCCGUCGACGCAGCCACUGCCAACGAUCCUUCCAACGGGAAGCAACCAGAGCCAGCAGCACCAGCAGGGACCGCCGUGGAACUUUUCGUCGCAACAGCACGUGAUGGGAUUUGGGACGCCGAGGGUUCGCCAGGGAUCACCGUUGCGGCGGGAGUACCGGAGAGAUUCUGGGAUGAGCCUGGCUGGCUCUUCUCAGCAGCAGCAGUCUCAGGGCACGCCGUCGCAGCCUAUGUCGCAGGCACUGCCGGGGCCGUUUGGAAGGCGGCCGUCGUUCUCUCCAUUCAAGAGGAGCCAGAGUCCGUUGAAGAAGGUGAAGCGGAAGAGUGAAUUGCGGCUGAGUGGGUUUAGGUAGUGUAAAGGGAGGUCAGUCGAUUUGCGUUGGGAUGCACUGUUUCAAGAUACCUACUGUGUAUGGUGUUCAGAUACUCCGUUGGAACUCUUUUCCACGGAAGUGGGUAGGUAGUGCUAGUUAUUAUCUGCCUCCUAUAAUCUAUUCUUGUCCUAGA